AUGUCGUUCAUGGGAGGGGCCGAGUGCUCCACGGCCGGAAACCCUUUGAGUCAGUUCCAGAAGCAUGUUCAAGAUGACAAGACUCUGCAGAGGGACCGCCUCGUCGGGCGCGGGCCGGCUGGCCAGAUGAACUUUCGAACACAGAGCGCACACGCUCCCCAAGAUGAGAUGGUCAACGGAUUCCUCAACAGCGGACCGAGUCUCCAACAUGAACAGGCAAUGGCCGGUGGUCCUGCGGGGCUGAAUGCGAUGCCACAAAUGAGGGCCGCCUCCGCCUCGCCGUCGUGGGCGCAGGACUUCCACAACCAGCCGGGCAUGGACUCGGCGUUCCAGCCGCCUCCCGGAGCCCAGUUCAGCCCCGAGGAGUUUGCUCGAUUCAGACAGAUGGGCCAAAAUCCCGCCGCAUCCUCGGCAUCGGCGCCGUUACAGAGCAACACUCCCAGCCAGCUGCAACAGAGACCGAUGCUCGGAGGUGGGAUGAUGGGCAUGGGCAUGGGCUACGGACAGACCAUGUUCCAGCCCAUGUACCAGAAUCAGCAGAUGAUGAACAUGCAGCAACCGCAGCAGGCUGAGGGGAAGGGUAAGGGAAAGCUCGUCGAGCUUGACGAUACUAAAUGGGAAGAACAGUUUGCCCAACUCGAGGUGCAAGACAAGGAGGAGGCGGUCGCCGCGGAGAAGGAGCUAGAGGAUAUGGACAAGGCUAUGCAGUCUGAAACCAAUGAGUUCGGUGACUUCGAAUCUAUUUGGAAGGGAAUACAAGCUGAGACGGCUGCUGCUAGGUCUAUGGUUAACGAAGAGAACCUGUUCGAUAAGUUCGACAACCAAUGGAACAACGACCUCAUGCCCGACUUCCAAGGCGUGAAUGACUGGGGACGAUUCGGAGACCCAGUUGUCGAAAGCUACAUGUUCGAGGAAGAGAACAUCUUCCGAGAGGAGAAGAAUGCGUUUGAGGAAGGGGUGCGGAUCAUGAGGGAGGGCGGCAACCUGUCGCUGGCUGCCCUGGCAUUUGAGGCUGCGGUACAGCGAAAUGCCGACCACGUCGAAGCCUGGGUGUAUCUCGGUACUGCCCAGGCACAGAAUGAGAAGGAGACGGCGGCCAUCCGGGCUCUGGAGAAGGCGUUGAAACUGGACCCAAAUAACCUCACAGCUCUCAUGGGCCUAGCAGUGUCCUAUACCAAUGAAGGGUAUGACAGCACUGCGUAUCGAACACUUGAACGCUGGCUAUCAGUCAAGUAUCCACAGAUCCUGGACCCCAAGGACCUGCACCCCCCGGGCGAUACAGGUUUCACAGAUCGACAACAGCUUCACAAGAAGGUGACCGAAUCCUUCAUCCGGGCAGCCCAGCUGAGCCCCGAUGGAGAACAUAUGGAUCCCGAUGUGCAAGUUGGUCUUGGUGUCUUAUUCUACGGUGCCGAGGAGUAUGAGAAGGCAGUAGACUGCUUCCAGUCGGCCCUUCAUUCUUCGGAACUGGGAUCUACAAACCAACAGGAGCAGGUCCACCUUCUGUGGAACAGACUGGGCGCUACUCUUGCGAACAGCGGCCGAUCAGAGGAGGCCAUCGCGGCAUACGAACAGGCGUUGUCGCAAGCACCGAACUUUGUGCGCGCACGCUACAACCUGGGCGUCAGCUGCAUUAACAUUAACUGCCACCAUGAGGCGGCGUGCCACUUCUUGGCCGCUCUCGACAUGCAUAAGGCGAUUGAGAAGUCAGGCCGCAGCAAGGCAUAUGAGAUUCUCGGCGACGGUGCUGGCGGACAGGUCGACGAGGUAUUGGACCGAAUGUCAGCACAAAACCGCAGCAGCACCUUAUACGACACGUUACGAAGAGUGUUUACGCAGAUGGGAAGGCGAGAUCUAGCUGAGAAGACGGUUGCUGGCGUUGAUCCAGCGAUCUUCCGGCCCGAAUUUGACUUUUAG